UCUCCCUUCCUUUCCUCCAGUACUGAGUAUGCAAUCAACAAACUGAGACAAGAAGGAAGCGAGGAGGGCAUGUACGUUCUGCGCUGGAGCUGCACGGACUUUGACAACAUCCUCAUGACCGUGACCUGCUUGGAGAAGUCAGAGCAGAUGUUAACGAGCCAGAAGCAGUACAAGAAUUUCCAGAUUGAAGUGAAGAAGGGCAAAUACUCCCUGCACGGCUCUGAUCGAGUGUUCCCCUCUCUCCGAGGCCUGAUGGACCAUCUCAAAAAGCAGAUCCUGAAAACAGACAACAUUAGCUUUGUCCUGAAGAAAUGCUGCCAGCCGAAACCGAGAG